GUUGCGCGCCGGGGGCGGGUGGGGGGCGGUGUCCUGGCCAUGGCCGGCCUGUCGGACCUGGAGCUGCGGCGGGAGCUGCAGGCCCUGGGCUUCCAGCCAGGACCCAUCACCGACACCACUCGGGACGUCUACCGCAACAAGCUGCGCCGUCUGCGGGGCGAGGCCCGGCUACGCGACGAGGAGCGGCUGAGGGAGGAGGCCCGGCAGCGGGGUCAGGACCGGCUGCGGGAGGAGGCCCGGCUACGCGAGGAGGCGCCGCUACGCGCCCGGCCAGCCGUGGCCUCUCUGCGGUCCGAGCCCUGGGUCUCCCCUCCGGCCUCGGGCCCGGCCUACACAACUGCCGGGGCCUAUGGCGAUCUCGGAGCCUCCGCAUCUUCCUGGGCCGGGAGCCGCGGCCUGGCCUACCCCGCCCGCCCUGCGCCGCUCCGGCGACGCGCCUCGGUCCGGGGCAGCUCCGAGGAGGACGAGGAUGCUCGGAUGCCCGACAGGGCCGCACUGGGCCCGGCCCGCCGCUGGUGGGCCUCGUCCCCGUCCCUGGCGCGGCCGCCCUCUGCCCUCCUCAGUCCCGACCCGCGCCCAGGCCUGAGGGUCUCGCGAGCGGGCUCUGCGGGCGCCGCGCGGGCCCGGCCCGAAGUGGGGCGGCGGCUGGAGCGCUGUCUGUCUCGGCUCCUGCUCUGGGCCAGCCUGGGGCUGCUGCUCGUCUUCCUGGGCAUCCUCUGGGUGAAGAUGGGCAAGCCCCCGGCGCCGCAGGAGGCGGAGGACAACAUGAAAUUAUUGCCAGUGGACUGUGAGAGGAAAACAGACGAGUUCUGCCAAGCCAAGCAGAAGGCCGCCUUGCUGGAGCUGCUGCAUGAGCUGUACAACUUCCUGGCCAUCCAAGCCGGUAAUUUUGAGUGUGGAAAUCCAGAGAAGCUAAAAAGCAAAUGCAUUCCUGUUCUGGAAGCCCAGGAAUAUAUAGCAAAUGUGACCAGCAGCUCCUCUGCCAAGUUUGAAGCAGCGCUGACCUGGAUACUGAGCAGCAACAAGGAUGUGGGCAUCUGGUUAAAAGGGGAAGAUCCGUCUGAGCUGGUGACAACUGUGGACAAGGUGGUCUGCCUGGAGUCUGCCCGCCCCCGCAUGGGCGUUGGCUGCCGCCUGAGUCGUGCCCUGCUCACUGCGGUCACCCAUGUGCUCAUCUUCUUUUGGUGCUUGGCUUUUCUGUGGGGGCUCCUGAUUCUCCUGAAGUACCGGUGGAGGAAGUUAGAAGAGGAGGAACAGGCUAUGUAUGAGAUGGUGAAGAAGAUCAUAGACGUAGUCCAGGACCAUUACGUGGACUGGGAGCAAGAUAUGGAGCGCUACCCGUACGUGGGCAUCCUGCACGUGCGUGACACCCUCAUCCCUCCACAGAGUCGGAGGCGCAUGAAGCGGGUAUGGGACCGCGCCGUGGAGUUCCUGGCCUCCAAUGAAUCCCGGAUCCAGACAGAGUCCCACCGCGUGGCUGGAGAAGACAUGCUGGUGUGGAGAUGGACUAAGCCCUCCUCCUUUUCUGACUCAGAGCGAUAAGUCCAGGCAGGGAGUCUGUUCCCAGUCAGCCUGUCCCAGGACAGCCCACACCAGGGCGAGGGUCACCAGACCUGCUGGUGCUGAAUUCACACUUGCCUUGACUAUUCACCCUCCUGACUCCAGCCCCAAGGCCUCUCUGAAAGAUUUCAGAAUUGUUAGCUCCUCAGGAAAACAUGGGCUUCCUUUAAGGGUGGAGGGGCAAAGCCAGGAGUGCAGCCCAUCCUCUCUGCCUCCUUUUUGGCAGAAAGGGGGAGGAGGGUUUGUUUUCCAUGAAUAGAAAACAAAAGGGCAGCCGCUGUGAGACCUGUGGAAGCCUGAGGCUGGUGGGCUGGAGCGGCCUGGCCAGGAGAUGCCCAGUGAGUCUGCCUGGCUUGGGAGGUGGGUCAGGGAUGGUGGGAUGGGGCAGCAGGGGCGUAGGGGAGUGACUUGGUCCAUGUGCCUUGGGGGUGAGGGAGAAAGCCUGUCCUGUGACUGGGUGGGCUGCUUUUGUCCUAAAAGGGGAAGAUGCUAGAAAUUAGAACCAGUGACUAUAGAGGAACUGUCCAGAAGCACUGGGCCCUGGUCUUCAGGGCCUCAGGGGGGGGAGGAGGGAGCUGCUGGCAUGGCCUCCAGGAAGGAGCCGAGUCUGGUUAGAGGACAAGAACAGAGGGUCGGUCUGCCCUGCAGCCAUCAGUUAGCUCUUCAGUGCUACUUCUCACAGAAGUUGUUGUUUCAGAGCAGACUUGCAGCCAGGGGUCGUGUCAGGCUGAGAAUGCAGGACUCUGGGAGCCUCGCAUCAGGGCUGAGAGCCUCCUGCGGGCCAAGAUCACCUUGUCUUACUGUGACCACCGCCUCCCCACCGGGCGGGCUGUUUACCCAUAGCCUGCAGUCUGUACCGGCGGCGGCCGCACACUGCCCCCUGCUGGCCGCCCCGGAGUGGCUACCGCGCUGCCGCCUGCUGGUCAGCCUGCGCCCGCCUGCAGGAGGACGGCUGCAGAAACACCCGGUGGGGGGCCUUAUUAGUUAAGUGCGGAGCCUCUCCAGCGAGGCUCAUCUCUUACGUCCUCAUUGGUGCUGGGCAGGAGACUGGAGCAAGCAGAGGAGACAACUGCUGCCUGCAGAAGACACCGACUGCCCCUUUCUGGGCUUACUGGUGUUUGUUUCUUAAUAAAGCUCCAGUCUGCCUGGUUUGAGCAAUACUCUCAUUUCCUCUGAUGUCUAGGUGAUCGGCAGGGCUGGCACCAGCACCCGGGUGACCAGGCUCUGUUCUCAUAAUCAGGCUUCAGCCAGAAUAAGAACUGUCACAGGCUUCAGUAUCAGGGUGAAACUUGGAUAAAUAAACUAUUUAUUAAAAAUGGA